UGACACCUCCGGAAAAGGAAGUUCUAGCCACGGAGGCUAUAUCAAUACCUUCCCACGCCGGUGUAUCUAUCACCAGAUUUACGAUCAAACAGCGACAUGGCCGACUCUCUCUUCGUUGACAUUACCACGCCGAAUGGCCGUCGGUACCAGCAACCGACCGGUCUGUUCAUUAACAAUGAGUUUCGACCCUCAUCUGGUGGACAGACGAUUGUUUCGUUAGAUCCGGCCACCGACCAACCCAUCGCCACCGUCCACGCCGCGACAACCGAAGAUGUCAACACAGCCGUGCAAGCCGCCAAAGCCGCCCUGGCGCACCCCUCCUGGAAACUCCUCCCCGCCACCGACCGCGGCCAGCUCAUGGGCCGACUAGCCGACCUCCUCGAAGAGAACCGGGACCUCCUGGCCUCCAUCGACGCCUGGGACAACGGAAAACCCUACCACGUCGCCUACGACGAAGACCUCACCGAAGCCAUCACCACGAUCCGGUACUACAGCGGGUGGGCGGACAAAACCUUCGGGCAAACGAUCAGCACGACGGCGCAGAAAUUCGCCUACACGAUCCGGCAACCCAUCGGUGUCGUGGGACAGAUUAUUCCGUGGAAUUAUCCCCUUUCCAUGGCGAGUUGGAAAUUGGGUCCUGCGCUGGCGUGCGGGAAUACCGUUGUUAUUAAGGCGGCGGAACAGACUCCGUUGAGUAUUCUGGUGCUCGCGACGCUGAUCAAACAGGCGGGGUUCCCGGCAGGAGUGGUGAAUAUCAUCAAUGGAUAUGGCAAGGAAGCGGGUGCGGCGUUGGUGCAGCAUCCGUUGGUGGAUAAGGUAGCGUUUACGGGAUCGACUGCCACGGCGCGGGAGAUUAUGAAGAUGGCGGCGGGGACGUUGAAGAAUAUUACCCUCGAGACGGGGGGGAAGUCCCCCUUGAUUGUGUUUCCGGAUGCGGACCUCGAGCAGGCGGUCAAGUGGUCGCAUUUUGGGAUCAUGUCGAAUCAGGGGCAGAUUUGUACGGCCACGUCGAGGAUCUUUGUGCAUCGGAGUGUUUUGGCGUCGUUUGUGGAGAGGUUUAAGGAGGUCGUGGAGACCACGUCGAAGAUUGGGGAUCAGUGGGAUGAGAGGACCUACCAGGGGCCGCAGGUCACUCGGGCGCAGUAUGAGAGGGUGCUGGCGUAUAUUGAGUUGGCGAAGCAGGAGGGCGCGACGGUGGUGACGGGUGGGAAGGCCUAUACGCCUGCGGAGGAGAGGUAUGAGAAGGGGUACUUUGUCGAGCCGACGGUGUUUACGGAUGUCACGGAUGAGAUGCGGAUUUGCCAGGAGGAAGUGUUUGGCCCCGUGGUGGUCAUUCUGCCGUUUGAUACGGAGGAGGAAGCGAUUCGUCGGGCCAAUGACUCGACCUAUGGUCUGGGGGCUGCGGUGUUUACCACGGAUCUGGAACGGGCACACCGGGUGGCGGCGGAGAUUGAAGCUGGUAUGGUUUGGAUCAAUAGUAGUCAGGAUUGUGAUCCGCGGGUGCCGUUCGGAGGCGUCAAGCAGAGUGGCAUUGGACGGGAAUUGGGCCAGGCUGGUCUGGAGGCGUAUUCGCAGCUGAAGGCGGUUCAUGUGAAUAUGGGGAGUAGACUAUAGCGGAUUGAGGAGUAGACUAUAGCUGAAAUCAGGAAUACUAUCAGUUUCUGG